ACAAGAUGCUUGAAUAUGCUAACUGCUGCACCCUCACUGAACAUAAAUGAAUGACUAUACUCACACUAUAGAAAGCCUCCCUUAAAAAAACUUGUCCAUACCGGAAGAAUGCCUUAUUCAUGCAAGACUCAUAAGUUUCAAAGACAAAUUCUCUAUGCCCAAAAUCAUAUUCUAUAGGUCACCUCUUAACUGGAUUCGUCGACUACAGAUUUGCAUUUGAAAGUUGGGGGGGGGGUUAUCGCGCAUUUUCAAUUUUUUUUUAAGAUGAAUCGGAAUAUAUAUUACUCUGAAAAGUACUAUGAUGACAUCUAUGAAUACAGACACGUCCACCUACCGAAAGAUUUGGCGAAACAGGUACCUAAAAAUCACCUUAUGUCCGAAAUGGAGUGGCGAAAGUUGGGAAUUCAACAGUCAGCUGGUUGGGUGCAUUAUAUGAUCCAUGAACCAGAACCACAUAUCAUUCUGUUUCGGCGUUCACGCACUGAUAUGCAACAACAAACAUCAACUGCUACCAACAAGACAGAAUCUGGCCAAGUCCCUAUGCAUGCAUAACUGUUAACCCUAGCAAACAAACUGCGUGUUAAGUUCUUUGUUGGAAAUCGUUAAAUAAUAUGUCACAGAGUUACUGCUGCGAAAUACUUAUGUAUAUACACUACUUUCUAUAGAUGUUUAUAUUACUAGGUACGUUUGUACCUAUAUUCACUUUGACGCAUGAGUGACUUUGUUUUCGAUUGUCAUGUGGUGAUGAUAGGUCUAAAAGGUUUUGAGCUACUUACUAAUUGGGCGUGACGUUAUUAGAUACUAUAGUGUGAUUCUGGUACUCCAUUCGCUUUCGUUUUAAUCCUUUUGCAAAUUUAUCUUUGUGCUCUGCAACUAGUCAUGUAGCUUUAUUCAUUCUUUAUUGUCUCUAACAUUGUGUACUAAGUAAGCUAAUGCUCAAUACUUUUUUACUGUUUACAAUAGUAGACCUUUAGGAACUCACACAGCCACAUCAAUAAACAGAAUCCUUCGAUUGUAAGUAGUACAACGUUAUAAUUGUAUUAUUAAUGUAUUACUACUAUGCUUAUAAAACCCACAUAAGAGAAAUCACGAGUCUUAAACCAAAAUAAUUUUUUACAUGCUAAGACAACACUGGGAAAUACACAACUGGACUUAAAGUA